UCAGACGACAACAUGCCUGCUCUCCCGGCUGCGAGGUGACACGACCGCCGCUGUAGCUUUAAUUGUAUGAAGUCCGUUUGUAAAGUCGCUUUUGAAUUAUUCAUAUCCGGAAGAGCUCACAGUUCAGCCUCAGCUCGUCGACUCGGAGGAGAAAUGUGUAAAGAGCUCAAGACCAAAGUGCUGCGUCUGUUACCGCCGACUUCCAAUGGGCCGUGUGUUCAUCAGGAGGGCCAAACAGAUGGUGAAAUCCUGAGUUGUACAGCUAAGGCUCUGAAGGAGGGUCAUGUGGUCGGCGUGCCCACAGACACCAUCUACGGCCUGGCAUGUCUGGCCCAGAACUCUGAAGCUGUCAGAAAGACCUACGCCAUCAAAGGACGAAAUGGACAUAAACCGCUGGCCAUCUGUGUCGGAGAAAUCCAGGAUAUCUAUAAGUACUGUAAGGUGAAGGUGAAGGAUGGGCUCUUAGGCGACCUGCUGCCCGGUCCCGUCACGCUGGUGUUUGAAAGAUCUGAAGUACUGAACACGGCGCUCAACCCCUUUACUUCACUUGUCGGUGUUCGUAUCCCGGACGACACCUUCAUGAGACGCCUUUGCCAGAUGUGUGCCGAACCACUCGCUCUUACCAGCGCCAACAUCAGCUCUCACACCAGCACCGUGGCCGUGGAAGAGUUUCAGGAGCUUUGGCCCAAACUGGCAGUGGUCGUAGACGGCGGGCCAAUAGGAGACCACAGCCGCCUCGGAUCAACAGUGGUCGACCUAUCGGUUCUCGGCAAAUACCGCAUCAUCAGACCCGGCUGUGCUCUUUCUUCUACGGUUGAUGUGCUGGAGCACAAAUAUGGACUGUCGGAGGACUCGGGGGGUGAAGAUGAACCUUUGAACUCUGCACACUCCACAUCCCACGCUGAGACGCACCACCGGCCCUGACCACUGGCUUCUUCACAGGAGAUGAACCCUCUCCAUGUUCACACGGAGGAGUCUUUCCAUGGAAGGACGAGAACUCCAGAACCACUCGGCGGCUGAAAUCGUUCUGGCGGCCGCUGUAAGUUCUGGAGGAACUCUUUUCCUUUGAUGACUUUAUACUCUGCCAAUGUUUUCAUGGGUUCAUGUUGGAUCUUAAUGUUUCACAGUUCUCGACCAUCUUUUUAGAAACACAGAACAAGGUCCGCUAUAUUGUAUUGAAUUUAUUUUUAUUGCAUAGAAUUUAAAACUUUACAACUUUUUUUCAUUGUCAAAACAACGUGGCUUAACAGAAAAUACAAUGUUUGAGUUUGUAUUAUUUUUCAAUAUGGGUUAUAGUUCUCAUAGGGUUCAUUUUAGGAAGAGGAGUUCUGUGAAUUGCAUUGACUAUCCGUCCAACUUGAGUCCAGCACUAUAUUUUAUUCUCUUAUGAAUCUCCAAUAUUUAUUUGAUCCGCAUGUCAUUUUAACCAAGUGAAAAUUGCCCUACAAUUGGUCACCUGCGACAGCUACAAUAACUCCUUUAUGGUGCACCCUAAAUUAUAUUUACAAGUUUGAACAUACUGUAAUAUUUCAGAUGGAUGUUGUUCAGCAUGUUGGAUAAGUGGAUGAACGAUAUUAUAAGUCCUCUGCACAUUUGCUCGUUACAAACUGGAAAGAUGGAUUAUGCAACUUUUGCGCAGCCACAAUAAAAGUUCUUUUUUUUCAGUAUGAAAGUCUAAUUGAUUAAUAAUAAGAAUAUAUUUGAGCCAAACGUCUGUCUGUAUUUUUAGGUGUCUGGAAGUAAAGUGUCUGUUUUUUAAAGCAGAAACCAC